GUUUUGCUGGUCGCGCGCGUUCACUCUCUCUCUCUCUCUACUCGAGUAUAUUCAAGUUCGACUAUUGUAUCGAAACUCCCCUUUCUGCCGCCUCCAAUUUGCCCACCGCCAUAUCAACCUGGCAAGGAUGGUACAGUCUACCAGAACCUCUUCGGCGACGCUCCCAUGUUUCUUCUUCUCGCACGGAUCUACCGCCAUGUUGGGCGAACGAUCAGCUCCGGCCGCUUACUGGGAACAAGUCGGGCGCCAAGCUUUGGCCGAAGGUGUCGAGAGGAUCGUCAUCAUGGGCGCCCAUUGGGAAUCCCUAGACGACCAGAUCAUGAUCUCGGCGAACCCCAAGCCUGAGAAACAGCCCGUCGCAUGGGUCGACCCGGCGAAAUACGUCGAUUUCGACUUGAAUCCCGACGUAGAGUUCGCAUCGACCGUUCAACAGAUGUUGCUCAAGGCCGGGUUCAACGCCAAGCUAGAGCCCAAGUUUGAGCAGAUCCACGAUACAUUCAUGAUUCUCAAAUGGAUGUUCCCCGGUGGCAAAUCGCUUCCGCACGUAGUCGUAGGACAUAACGCGAGGUUCGAUCCGCACUUCCAUAUGAGGGUCGGAGCAGCACUGAGACCGUUGAGAGACCAAAAAUGUCUCCUCAUCGGAUCAGGCGGAGCGGUUCACAACCUGUAUCGGAAUGCAUGGGCUCAGGCGCUAUUCUACCGAGACUCUUAUGGUCAAGAGCGUCCUCCUGAGCCCUGGGCGAUCGAUUUCGGCAACGCGUUCAGCGACGUGGUCACCAAGAACUCUGGACACGCGCUUCGAAGAGGGAUGGCCAGGCUGAUGACCCAUCCACUUUAUCGUGAUGCGCAAGGGACCGACGAUCACUUUAUGAGCGCCUUGUUCAUUGCGGGAGCGGCGGGGGACGAAGCGGAUGCUGGGAUUCGAAACUAUGCCGGAGCCGAAUGUUGGGAGCUCUUGAACAUGCGAAACUCUCAAUUUCAGUUUGGAAGUUGGCCCAGCGAACCUCACGUGACCCCGGUUUAUCAAGAGAACCGUCUCAACCAUACCACACCUUUGUAACGA